GGGGCCGGGGGGGACCUGGGGGGCCGGCUGCAGCCUCCGCCCAGAGGAAACUUUACCCAAACGUAAUCUUCGAGCUUUCUGAUUGUGACUGUCCCGGGACAAGUGGCCCAGGACGGGCUGAAGCCACAGCCUGCAGGGACCCAGGAAGAGAAAAAGCGGUGAGCGGGGCUGUUGCCGCCGCCGCCGCCGCCGCCGCCGCUGCCGCCGCUGCCUCUAUCCCGGCAGCGCGGAAGAGACCUGGGUAGCUGCUUGGUGGAGCGACGCUAGCACCGCUUCUUCCUCAGUUCCGCGCCUAGCCUUCCGCAGCUGCCCGCCUCAGCCCGAAGGAGGAAGGGAGCCAGCCACAUUGUCAGCGCCACCGCUCGACUCUGAAGCGAAAUCUCAACUAUCAACGAGACUUUUAAAAGGCUCUCUAAAUAUUUGGUACGAGAAUUUCUUCUCUUUAUAUCUUUUGUGAUCCCUCUACACAUUGUGUCUAAACAAUCAGUUCCUCAUGUAUUUGUUUCCACUAACCUUAUGUUUGACUCUGUGUACUAUUCGAUGCCCGACACUACCUGCCCUUGGAGGUGAGGUGACGCAGAGUCAACGGCACAGUCUCCAGGAGCAGAAUGUGAAAACCUUUGCAUCUUCUGAUAGUCUAGCCAAGGUCCAAGAAGUAGCAAGCUGGCUUUUGGAAAUGAAUCAGGAACUGCUCUCUGUGGGCAGCAAAAGACGACGAACUGGAGGCUCUCUGAGAGGGAAUGCUUCCUCAAGCCAGGUUGAUGAGGAACAGAUGAAUCGCGUGGUUGAGGAGGAUUCACAGCAGCAAGUGAGACAUCAAGAGGAGGAGCACAUUGUGCGGAAUGGUGAACUUGUGGGUGCAGACCCUAGGCCUGGAGACCAGAACGAUUCUCAGCAAGGACAAGUGGAAGAAAAUAAUAAUCGCUUUAUUUCAGUAGAUGAGGACUCUUCGGGAAACCAGGAAGAGCAAGAAGAAGAUGAAGAACAUGCUGGGGAACAGGAGGAGGAGGAGGAGGAGGAAGAAGAGGAGGAGGAGAUGGACCAGGAGAGUGAUGAUUUUGAUCAGUCUGAUGACAGUAGCAGAGAAGAUGAACAUACACACAAUAGCAAUGUCACAAACUGCAGUAGUAUCGUGGACCUGCCCAUUCACCAGCUCUCUUCUCCAUUCUAUACAAAGACAACAAAAAUGAAAAGAAAGUUGGACCAUGGUUCUGAGGUCCGUUCCUUUUCUUUGGGAAAGAAACCAUGCAAAGUCUCAGAUUAUACCAGUACCACUGGGCUUGUACCAUGUUCAGCAACACCAACAACUUUUGGGGACCUGAGAGCAGCCAAUGGGCAAGGGCAGCAACGACGGAGGAUUACAUCUGUCCAGCCACCCACAGGCCUCCAAGAGUGGCUGAAAAUGUUUCAGAGCUGGAGUGGACCAGAGAAGCUGCUGGCUUUAGAUGAGCUCAUUGAUAGCUGUGAACCAACACAAGUGAAGCAUAUGAUGCAAGUGAUAGAGCCCCAGUUCCAGAGAGACUUCAUCUCCUUGCUCCCUAAAGAGUUGGCACUCUAUGUACUUUCAUUCCUGGAACCCAAAGAUCUGCUGCAAGCAGCUCAGACUUGUCGAUACUGGAGAAUUUUGGCUGAGGAUAACCUUCUCUGGAGAGAGAAAUGUAAAGAAGAGGGGAUUGAUGAACCAUUGCACAUCAAAAGAAGAAAAAUAAUAAAACCAGGUUUCAUACACAGCCCAUGGAAGAGUGCGUACAUCAGACAGCACAGAAUUGAUACCAACUGGAGACGAGGAGAACUCAAAUCUCCUAAGGUGCUGAAAGGGCAUGAUGAUCAUGUGAUCACGUGCCUACAGUUUUGUGGUAACCGCAUAGUUAGUGGUUCUGAUGACAACACUUUAAAAGUUUGGUCAGCAGUCACGGGCAAGUGUCUGAGGACGUUAGUGGGACAUACAGGUGGAGUGUGGUCAUCACAGAUGAGAGAUAAUAUUAUCAUCAGUGGAUCGACUGACCGGACUCUCAAAGUGUGGAAUGCUGAGACUGGAGAGUGUAUACACACUUUAUAUGGGCACACUUCCACUGUACGGUGUAUGCAUCUCCAUGAAAAAAGGGUUGUGAGCGGUUCUCGAGAUGCCACUCUCAGGGUUUGGGAUAUUGAGACUGGCCAGUGUUUACACGUCUUGAUGGGUCACGUAGCAGCAGUCCGUUGUGUUCAGUAUGAUGGCAGGAGGGUUGUUAGUGGAGCAUAUGAUUUCAUGGUGAAGGUUUGGGAUCCAGAGACUGAGACCUGUCUGCAUACAUUACAGGGACACACUAAUAGAGUCUAUUCAUUACAGUUUGACGGCAUCCAUGUGGUGAGUGGAUCUCUUGAUACAUCAAUCCGAGUCUGGGAUGUGGAGACAGGGAAUUGUAUUCACACGCUAACAGGACACCAGUCAUUAACAAGUGGAAUGGAACUCAAAGACAAUAUUCUUGUCUCUGGGAAUGCAGAUUCUACAGUUAAAAUCUGGGAUAUCAAAACAGGACAGUGUUUACAAACAUUACAAGGUCCCAGCAAGCAUCAGAGUGCUGUGACCUGCUUACAGUUCAACAAGAACUUUGUAAUUACCAGCUCAGACGAUGGAACGGUAAAACUCUGGGACUUGAAAACGGGUGAAUUUAUCCGAAACCUAGUCACGUUGGAGAGUGGGGGGAGCGGGGGCGUUGUGUGGAGGAUCAGGGCCUCAAACACAAAGCUAGUGUGUGCAGUUGGGAGUCGGAACGGGACUGAAGAAACCAAGCUGCUGGUGCUGGACUUCGAUGUGGACAUGAAAUGAGAAGCAAAGAGAUGAAUUUUGUCCAACUGUGUAGACAAUAUACUUCCUGCCCUUUCCCCUGCGCAAAAAGCAAAAACAAACAAACAAAAAAUGAAAAAAAAACAGAAAAAAAAGAGAAAAAAGAAAAGGAAAAAAAAUCCCUUGUACUCAGUGGUGCAGGAUGCUGGCUUGGGACAACAGACUGAAGAGACCUACAGACUAAGACGGUAAGAAAAGACAAGAGACCGUAACUGACAGCAGGCGGCAGCUGCCGCAUCACGCGAAGGCCUCACUUCUGACUGAGGGGCAGCUUGGCGAAAUGAGACUCUCUAAAUCCAACCAGGUGCAAUUAUUCUUUAUUUUCUUCUCCAGUGGUCAUUGGGCAGAGCUACAUCGGCGUUGUUUCCGUCACCUAGAAAGGAGUGGCAAUAAUAUCCAAACACAGGCUGGUUAUCUUCUAAUCAGAUCUUCAACAAAAAGUCGUUUUUCUGAAGUGGAAAAGCUAAAAAAAUUUUUUUUUUACUGUGAAUUGUUUUUGUACAGUUAUCAUGAAGCUUUCUUUUUUUUUUUUUUCUGUUUUCUUCUUCUUCUUUUUUUUUGCCAACCAUUGCCAAUGUCAAUCAAUCACAGUAUUAGCCUCUGUUAAUCUAUUUACUGUUGCUUCUAUAUACACUCUUCAAUGCAUAUGUUGCUCAAAGGUGGCAAGUUGUCCUGGGUUCUGUGAGUCCUGAGAUGGAUUUAAUUCUGGAUGCUGGUGCUAGAAGUAGGUCUUCAAAUACGGGAUCGUUGUCCCACCCCUGUACUGUACUCCCAGUGGCCAAACUUAUUUAUGCUGCUAAAUGAAAGAAAGAAAAAGCAAAUUAUUUUUUUUUUUAUUUUUUUUCUGCUGUGACGUUUUAGUCCCAGACUGAAUUCCAAAUUUGCUCUAGUUUGGUUACAGAAAAAAAGACUUUUUUGCCACUGAAACUUGAGCCAUCUGUGCCUCUAAGAGGCUGAGAAUGGAAAAGUUUCAGAUAAUAAAGAGUGAAGUUUGCCUGCAAAUAAAGAAUCGAGAGUGUGUGCAAAGCUUAUUUUCUUUUAUCUGGGCAAAAAUUAAAACACAUUCCUUGGGACAGAGCCUGAGGUGCCUGUUCUGUGGAGAAACUUCUUUUUGAGGGCUGUGGUGAAUGGAUGAACAUACAUAGUAAAACUGACAAGAUAUUUUAAAGAUAUAUAUAAUACAAAAUAAAAGGAAGUUGCUGGUCAGUCGUAGCAUCUUACAGUAUUUGGGAAAACAACUGUUACAGUUUCAUUGCUCUGAGUGACUGACGUGAGAGGAAUUCGCUCUGCAGUGGCGCUCCCUGUCACUUGCCUCCCAGCGCAACGAGCGGGAGUCAGAUGGUCCGCCUCAUUCACCAGGAGCCGUAACUCAAGCUGAACUGUGAAAGUGGUUAACACUGUAUCCUAGGCCGUCUUUUUUUCCUCCUCCUGUUUAUUUUUUUGUUCGUUUUAUUUAUAGUCUGAUUUAAAACAAUCAGAUUCAAGUUGGUUAAUUUUAGUUAUGUAACAACCUGACAUGAUGGAGGAAAACAACCUGUAAAGGGAUUGUGUCUAUGGUUUGAUUCACUUAGAAAUUUUAUUUUCUUAUAACUUAAGUGCAAUAAAAUGUGUUUUUUCAUGUUA